AUGGAUAAAAGAUCAGCAAUGAAGCGUCGUCACUCGCCUGAUGUUUUAGAGGAUUCGGAGCAACCAGUGUCCCCCUCCGUGCUUCAAUGUAAACAAGAUACAGUAAAAAGACAUAGACCUGAGUGUUCACACUGCAAUGCGAUCAAAAAAGAAGAAACCGACCGAAGAAACGAUAUUUUUGGUUUGCUGAUAAAAGGGAAACACAGUGCAGAAGUCCCUUUGGCAGACUCUGAGCUGCAUAAU